AUGAUUUUUUUAGUGGAAGGUCAAAGUUUUCAUUGUUGAUUUAGUUGGCGAAUUAUUAUUCCAUAUUAGUUUUGAAACAGGAAUUGCCGGACAUGGAUUAUAAAGUGAAAUUUAUUAAAACUUUAUUUUCUUUAGUGAUUUUUAGUAAUUUAAAAAUCAUUACUACUGUUGACUCCCACGAACAAAGUAAGAGAUCAACGUUUUGUCCUGCUGCCUCACAAUGCGUGCCUCUAUCCUCUUGUCCAAUUCUAAGCAAUCUUAUAAAUACUGAUUGUUUAUUAAAUAAUAACAUAGAACAAAUAAGUUGUGGCUAUCAAGGAUCUGGCUUAGUUUGCUGUCCCCACGUAGGAGAAUCCGCGACUCUGGUACCUGGAAGGCUAGUUGAUGGUCAGAGAUGUGGAAUAUCACAAGUUCAAGGAGACGGUUACGAAGCUAUUGGAGCGUUUCCAUGGGUCGCGAGAAUAGGAUUUAGAAAUGUACUCACUGGAGAGAUAAAAUACCCAUGCACCGGAUCUAUUCUUAAUGCGAGGAUAAUACUCACAGCUGCUCAUUGUGCUUUAGCGAAGGCGGAUAAUUUUAAACUAUAUUCGGUCCGUGUGGGAGAAUAUAAUUCUAAUACUGAUAUUGACUGUGGUACUGAAUUUUGUGGGCUUCCUGCUCAAGACGUUUCACUGAGUCAUGUUGUGGUACAUCCCAAUUAUGAAAAACAAAACUUCCAAAAUAAUAUCGCUUUGCUUGUAUUAAGAACACCAGUCAACUUUACGGUUACUGCACAACCAAUAUGUUUGCCAGAACCUUGGUCUGUCACGAGCAAUAACGCACUUUUGGUUGGAUGGGGUAAAGCUGCAGGUCAAUCAUAUGCCUUGCCAAAGCAGCAAGUUCUGCAGUUACCAAUCAUUAGUCUUCAACAAUGCGUUCAAGUGUACGGUAGAACGCUGUCAGUAACAGAGGAUCACCUGUGUGCUGGAGGAGAAGCUGGAAAUGAUGCAUGUAGCGGAUUUGGAGGAGCUCCUUUAAUAGUUCGGCACGGAAAUACACAUUAUCAGGUGGGCAUCUUAUCAUUUGGAUCCGAUCAAUGUGGCCGAGGAGGGGUUCCCAGUGUGUAUACCAAUAUUAAGAAAUAUAUUACGUGGAUCAGGGAAAACACACCACAAGUUUUUGAAUAGUCAAAAUGUAGUUACUAAAUUAAGUAGUAUAGUUUAAUUUUUAUUAAAAUAAAUUAUUGUACAGAAUAAAUAGCAUAAAAAUUCUUAAAAA